GACCGCGGCGCAAUCGUCAGUGACGCAAUCCCUGUGCGCCGGCGCCCAGCACCGCCGCCGCCAUGGAAUCCAACAGGGACGAGGCGGAGCGCUGUAUUGCUAUCGCAGCGGCCGCCAUUAAGGCCAACCAGACGGAAAAGGCGCGUCGCUUCCUGGAGAAGGCCCAGCGCCUCUACCCGUCUCAACGGGUCCGCGCGCUGCUUGACUCCCUCAUCAAGAAUGAGCAGUCCUCUAAUGGCCGUUCCCCACCCAAGGAAGCCACAAACCCCAACCAUAGAAAAAUGAGCGGCGAAUUUCCUUCUGCCAAUGGCGAGGCAGGUGGAGAUACUACUAAAGGUUACACUCAGGAGCAGGUAGAUGCAGUUAAGAGGGUAAAACAGUGUAAAGACUAUUAUGAAAUUCUGGGAGUAAGCAGAGACUCCUCCGAUGAGGACCUGAAAAAAGCUUACCGGAAAUUAGCAUUGAAAUUUCACCCCGAUAAGAAUCAUGCACCAGGUGCUACGGAGGCCUUUAAAGCCAUUGGCAACGCUUACGCAGUACUGAGCAAUCCGGAGAAGAGGAAGCAGUACGACCAGUUCGGAGAUGCCAAAGUCAGCCCCACGCGGCACGGCCAUGGCCAUCCGGACUUCCACCGAGGGUUCGAGGCCGACAUUUCCCCCGAGGACCUCUUCAAUAUGUUCUUUGGUGGUGGUUUCCCUUCUAGUAACGUUCAUGUAUAUAGCAACGGCAGGAUGCGAUACACCUAUCACCAGAGGCAAGACAGACGAGAACACCAAGGCGAUGGCAGCCUCGGGCUCUUUGUCCAACUGAUGCCUAUCCUCAUCCUCAUCAUCGUGUCCGCGCUCAGCCAGAUGAUGGUCUCCAGCCCACCAUACAGCCUGAGCCACAGACCGUCUGUCGGCCAUAUACACAAGAGAGCGACGGAGCACUUGAAAGUGGCCUAUUAUGUAGCUGAUAGCUUUGCGGAAGAGUAUACCGGUGCGAACCUGAAAAACGUGGAGAGGAGCGUGGAAGACGACUACAUUGCAAACCUCAGAAAUAACUGCUGGAAGGAGAAGCAGCAGAAGGAAGGCUUACUGUACCGGGCCCGUUACUUUGGAGAUUCAGACCUGUAUCAGAGAGCACAGAAGAUGGGCACGCCAAGCUGCAGCAGACUGUCAGAAGUGCAGGCGUCCUUGCAUGGAUAGCUGUUGUGGAAGGGCUCCAUUGAGGUCAAAACUCUUCAGUUGCCUGCAGACUUUGGAGGAAGUGAACUGAGCCAAGAAGAUGAUCUAAAAGAAUCAGAUCUUAAAAUUAAAAAUGGAAUUGGAGAAUUAGCAACGCACAACUGCCCUCCCCUCUGUCUUUUAAUCUCUCACUCUUCUCUCGCUCUCUGCCCAGCAUUAGAUCUGGACGUUUCUCAGAACAGAAGGAAGACGACUUUUCUUUCUUCUUUCUUUCUUUCUUUCUUUCUUUCUUUCUUUCUUUCUUUCUUUCUUUCUUUCUUUCUUUCUUUCUUUCUUUCUUUCUUUCUUUCUUUCUUUCUUUCUUUCUUUCUUUCUUUCUUUCUUUCUUUCUUUCUUUCUUUCUUUCUUUCUUUCUUUCCCCUUCCUCCACUAUGAACUGUCAUGCCUCUUUCAGGAUCCAGGAAUCCUCAAAGCCAAGUGUCUUUGUUUUCUUUUUUUUAAGAGCCUGCAGGGGCGGCAGUGGUUGGGGGGAAGGGAGGGGCAGAAAGCAACCUAAGACCCUCUUCCGCAGUUGUACUGCGGCUGCUUCAGAGAGGGAGGGUGAAAUCUGAAGACCUGUAGGAGCAAUGGAAAAAAUCACUUUUAAAAGCAGGAGAAGUCAUUUAGAAUUAACUUAUAACUGUAAAUAUGUUGUACUUCUAAACUAUGCAGGGAUAGAAUUAAAUUAUUUCGUUUUUGCAGAACUGUGUAACCCGGGAAGGGUGCAUUUUAGCCUCUCCCCCCCCCCCCCCCGCCCCGCAUCGGUCUGAUCCUACAAAAACCCUUUCCUAAUUAAGGCAGCCUUAUUUGAGGACAUGAAUUUUUAUUUAAUUUUAAGUGGCUUUUACUGAAGGAGAAUGUGUGUGGAAUCCAACCUGCAGUUUGUUAUUCUGCACACAGGCCCUGGUUUGGAUUAGUGGCCUCGCUUGGAGUUUUCGAUUCUCCUGCACUGAGGAGAGAGACUUUGCCCCCCCCUCUCCCCCGGUGAUCUGUAGCUGCUGCUUGUGUGUUUCACGUGGAACUUCUUAUUUAUUAUUCUCUAUUGCAGCCUGUCUCUCUCCCCUUCUCUCUCCUGCCUUGCAAUCAGUGUUUGUUAGGGUGCCUAGUGCUUUUCCCUCCUCCUGGCUGCCUGUUCCUGACGGUGAUUCUGCUCCCCCCCACCAUCUUGCAGUGCUACGAAGUUGUAAGCAAGGCUGCCUUUCCUUGGCGUACAACUACUGCUGAUUUCCGUUCCGAGAACUUCUUGCUGGUGGCCGUUGUCCACCCUACGCUGCUGUCGAGACGUUAUCUCCCUUUUGGAGCUCGAAGACAUCUUCCUUGGCAAAGAAGGCAGAGCGUGCAAACCAUGGUGUUCCUCCCUCUGUUGGCUUCCUGUUUUUGAUCAGAAGGGGCUUUUUGCUGCAGUCUUCCAUCGCGGAACAAGCUGAAAGUCAUAUCCCCCUAACUAUGUAGGCCAUCUCCCAUUAGAGUGAUACCUUUGAUUUGGACACGUGUUCUUAAGAUUGUCCAUAAUGUUCCUUAGAAGCCACCAGAAUGCUACAAAAGGAGCCUGAAGCAUAAUAAGUUAAUGCCUGCAGAUUUGCCAAAACUGGUUGUCUUGCCCCGGUGAAGGGGGGCCAAUACAUCCACAAAGCUUCCCCAUCUGUGAAGAGCUCCUGCAUUCAUUUUAGUGCUGGGGGUAUCUUUGUGCAUGUGUUUUGGUACGCCUGGAUUGGCUCCCUCCAUUGAAGCAAAUAGAGGUUGAGAGCACAGCAUCUUUCAAAGUUAGACCGAGGAAGUCAAAAUUCCAUCAGUCUACAUCGGCUGGGUUCUUCUGUACUUAAGUCCCACCCCCUGACACAUUUCUUAUACCCAGCAUUUUCAAGCUUUUGUUCUGGAUGAAAGGAACAGCUACCCCCGGAGAGUUUAGGAGUAGCAGGUAAAAUCAUCUUACCCAAGUUGCUCCUUUAGAAUGAACAAACUGGAUAUUCAUGCAGUGCAAGUCACUGAGUGUGCCUUGUUACCUGUCGUAACGUAGCCAUAUUGAACGGUACAUUCACUCAAUGCAUAUUUACAGCUGUAAAAAGACUCCUUACCCCUCCAGCUACCACCCCUUAUCCUGUAAUGGCAAAAUCAGGCCACGAGAUUGUGUGAAACCUCAGCCUUGUUGACUAAUCUGCAGCAAUCCCAGAGACUCUGGUUGUUCAGGUGGUUCACCUUUCAGCGUGAAGUUUCCGAUGAGAGCUGUAUCGGCGGUCCCAGGGCCUCCCCAUCCAAACCAUUUGAUUUCUCGAGUAGAUAGCCAUGGAUGAAAGAAGCGAUGUGCAAUAAAAAGGCAUAGAUCCCGAAAGAUACUCACAAAAGGCUGUAUUUCUUAAUUUAGAAUUAAUUAUACAAUUGUACAUCUAUAAAUAAAAGUUUAUAACAUGAAA